AUGAAGGCCUCUACGAUUGCGGCUGUCCUGGCCCCCUCCGCCGCCUCGGCAAAUUGGUGGGGUGGUGCCCCAGAGUGUGCUCAAUCAUGCCUUUCCUCAGCCUGGGCUGACGCCACAGCAACCAUAACGUCGGCCAAUUACUGGCCUGCGCAGUCAGAUUAUUGCGACGCUGGCAAGGGCUCCUCCAUUUCGUCGUGCAUAAAUAAUGGCUGUUCCACUACCCCCACAGCCAUUAGUAGUUAUGGCAGUUUGUCAGCUUCUCUUUGCUCCCAAUAUGCAUCCUGUACCUCGGCCGGCUCCACUGGUGUCCACACCAUCACAUACUCCGCCGGCCCAGUCAACUGGGGUGCUCCCGGCGGCUGGAAUGGCGGCAAGGGCUUCGGUGGUGGCCCAGGCGGUAACUGGGGCGAUAACAAGAAUGGAUCAGACGAUGGCUGGGGUGCCGCUACCGAUGGUAGCUACUGGUCCGAGUGGGCGUCCGCGUAUUCCGGUUCCAAGACCUGGACUGGUGGUGUUGUGACCGUGACUGGCUGUGUAGGUAACGGAUCGCCCUGGUUCGUUGGACCUGGCUGUGGCUGGAACGGAUAUGGUGGCUUCAACGGUUGGGUUGGUUGGGGUGCGGGUUGGUCGCUUGGCCCCACGACCACCGGCACGGUUACAUAUACCACGACUAAUGCCCAGGGGAGUGGUAGCAUUUACACCGGUGUGGCUACCGUCGCCGCAGCUGUCAGCGGAACUAUUACGACAACUUCUAUCCUGGGCGCUGCUACCGCGACUGGUAAUGCCGCUGCACGUGUGGGACAGGGGGCUGAGGGUAGUGUUGUUACCGGAAUGAUGGGUGUUGCGCUUGGGGCUGUCGUUGCUGUUGCUGGGAUGUUGUAA